AAGCUUAAUUAAUUAAUGGAAUUAAUAUAAUAUUUUAUAUUUUACAGGAAAAUGAAAUCGUUCACACAUGUGGACUGUGCGAGAUGGUUUGCAUGGCCAAUGAAAUACAAAGCCACCCAUGCCUGGAGUCUUUCGCCAGUUAUUAUCUGGACAAGCAGACAUAUUAUUUUUAUCCGCAGUGUGAAGAUGGAAAAAUUCUGCGUAGAAGCCUGAUGGACGGCACUGAACAAAAUGUUUUGGAGGCGCUUGUUCGAGAGGAUGCAGAGGAGACCGUUCAGGAGGCAGAAAUGACAGACGAGGAGGGCUUCGACAUAGAAAAUCUUCCGGAGAAUCAAAAUCUCCGGAAGAUUUUUAUAGAAGAGCGUCUCAUCGAGGCGAUUCGGAGACGACCGCCUCUUUGGAACUUCAAGCUGCCAAUUACAGAAAGGGGCAUUCGGAGCAAAGAGAAGUUAUGGAUGGAUGUGGUCGCAGUAAUGAAAGGUGUGGUUACUUUAGCUGACGCCAAAAAAAGUGGAAAACUCUAUCGGAUACAUUCAGGAGGCAUCGGAAAAAUGCGGAGUUGCCAAGUGGUUCGGCAGCUCAAAAGAUUUCCAAGUGGAUUCACUUCGAGCGAAUGAGCUUCCUUCGAGAUGUAAGCCUUCAAAACAAGUAUGUAUGAACUGUACAUAAUAAAAAUAACAAAUUAUAAAGAUCACAAUAUUAAACAAUCAGUGGUAUAGAAAAGACCAAUGAGAGUCAAUGCGGUUAUUAGUGUGCACAGGUGCAACUCACCAAUUCAGGAAGCAUGUGAAAUACAACAUAAUUGAAUGUUUCGGCUCAAGUUUCAAUCGUUUUCAGCGAACAUAAUGUAGUGUUCGCUGAGAAUGGCUCGAACUUGAGCCAAAACGAAUUCAAUUAUUGCAUUUCACAUGCUUUCUGAAUAAAAUUUGGUGAGUUGCACCUGUGCGCAUUAAUAACCGCGUUGACUCUCAUUGGUCUUUUUUAUACCACUGAUUGUUUAAUAGAAAUAAGUAACGUAAAAAUAAUGUAUCUAUAUAUAAUAUGUAUAUGAAUU